AUGGAGGCGGCGGAUGAGGAGAAGGCGGGCGACGGCCGCAACGGGCACGCGGAGGGCCCGCCGGCGGCGGCGCGGGGCGGCGGGGGGCGGCUGCGGGGCUGCCGGGGCUUCCUGCGGCGCAACGCGCUGGUGCUGCUGACGGUGUCGGGGGUGGUGGCCGGCGUGGCGCUGGGCACCGCCGUGCGCGGAGCGGCGCUGAGCCCGGCGCAGGUGGCCUACCUGGCCUUCCCGGGGGAGCUGCUGCUGCGGAUGCUGCGGAUGGUGAUCCUGCCGCUGGUGGUCUGCAGCCUGGUGUCGGGAGCCGCCAGCCUGGACACCCGCUCGCUCGGCCGCCUGGGAGGCAUCGCCGUCGCCUAUUUCCUCGGCACCACGCUGCUGGCCUCCGGCCUCGCCGUCGCCCUCGGCUUCAUCGUCCGCCCCGGCGCCGGCGCCUCCGCCCUCAACGCCCCCGGGCUGGGGCUGCAGGGCGCCGUGCCCACCAGCAAGGAGACGGUGGACUCCUUCCUCGACCUCGUCAGAAACCUGUUUCCCGCAAAUCUUGUUGCUGCAGCUUUCCGAACGUACGCGACAGAAUAUAAGAUGCUGCUCAGAAACACUACCUCUGGAAAUGUCACAUGGGAAAAGAUCCCUGUCGGUACUGAGAUUGAAGGGAUGAAUAUCCUGGGACUGGUGCUGUUCGCUUUGGUUUUAGGAGUGGCGCUGAAGAAGCUUGGCCAGGAAGGGGAAGAUCUGAUUCGCUUCUUUAAUUCAUUCAAUGAGGCAACUAUGGUCUUGGUUUCCUGGAUUAUGUGGUAUGUACCUAUUGGCAUUAUGUUCCUUGUUGGGAGCAAGAUUGUGGAAAUGGAAGAUAUUGUGCUUCUGGUGACCAGUCUGGGAAAAUACAUCUUCGCCUCUAUUCUGGGCCACUUCAUCCAUGGAGGAAUCAUUCUGCCGCUUAUUUAUUUUGCAUCCACACGUCAAAAUCCAUAUCGUUUUCUCUUGGGACUUAUCACACCAUUUGCCACUGCUUUUGCCACUUGCUCCAGCUCAGCCACUCUCCCGUCGAUGAUCAAGUGUAUUGAGGAGAACAAUGGAGUCGACAAGAGGAUCAGCAGGUUUAUCCUUCCUAUCGGGGCGACUGUAAACAUGGAUGGAGCUGCUAUUUUUCAGUGCAUGGCAGCUGUGUUUAUUGCGCAGCUGAACAAUGUCGACCUCAACCCUGGGCAAAUCUUCACAAUUCUUGUGACAGCUACCGCAUCCAGCGUGGGCGCAGCCGGGGUCCCAGCCGGAGGAGUCCUCACCAUUGCUAUCAUCUUGGAGGCCAUUGGACUUCCAACCAACGAUCUCUCCUUGAUAUUAGCAGUGGACUGGAUUGUGGACCGAACCACCACAGUUGUGAAUGUGGAAGGGGAUGCCCUAGGAGCGGGCAUCCUUAAUUACCUGAAUGAAAAAGACAAGAAAGAUAAAGAGCAGGAGCUAAAGGAAGUCAACGUAGAAGCAGUUGCUAACAGCAAGUCUGAAGGGGAAACAUCGCCUUUGGUAACCCACAAAAACCAAGUCUCCAACACAACCAGUACAGCAGACCCUGAAUCUAAGGAAUCAGUAUUGUGA